AUGGGAAAUGGAGCAUCCUAUAAACGUGCUCCAUCGAGUGGAAUUCAAGGUGUCGCAUCUACGAAUGUUCCAGCGUACUCAAAUCAUGGAACUUAUUUAUUUCGAAAAAAUUACCUUUAUGGUAUAUAUACUGGAAUUCAAUGGCAAUGUGUAGAAUUUGCUCGUCGUUGGCUCUUAUUGCGUAAAAGUUGCAUUUUCUCUAAUAUCGACAUGGCUUCUAACAUUUGGAAAUAUAUAUCGUAUGUUGAACGCGUCACUGACGGUAAAAAGUUUCAAUUAAUACCUCAUCCAAAUGGUUCAAAGAAAAAACCACAAAAGGAUUCAUUUUUGAUCUAUCCCCGUAAUCGACGAAUGCGCGCUGGACAUAUUGCUGUUAUUACCAAUGUUGAUCGAAAGUAUGUCUAUCUUGCUGAACAAAAUCGUGGAUUUCAUUAUUGGUCUACUGACUAUGCUCGUCGAGCGCCACUCAUUUUUACACAUGAGGACGGUUACUUUAUUAAUGACGAUUAUGAACUUUAUGGAUGGUUGGAAAUUGAAAGUAACCAUCAGCUACAGCCAUUGAAUAAAUCGAACAGUCAACAAAUUCUGAGAAAAUAUCAAACAUUUGACGAAUAA